GAGCAUCAGUAUUGUAGGAAGGGGUGGGACUAUGGGUAAGAGUGAGAUCUGGGUCACAGCCUGUCCUUUUUGUGUGGGGAGAGAAGGAGGAGGAAAAAGGCAGGGAAGUGGGAGUGUUCAAUGGUGGGGUGAAAGGGAAAGGCCCAGCCAGGGAUGAGAGAGGAAGAGAGGGAGGGGAUUGAGAGCAGAGCAGCCAAUGUGGGAACAGGUUACAGGUUGGAAUGACCAUGCACACAGUGAGCCCAGGGUGGGGAGAAGGGUCUGGUCUUGUUCAGGCUCAGCAUGGAAGGGGAUUUUUUGGAGGAGACAUGCAGAAGGAGCAGGGAGAUGAGGAGUGGGAUUUGGGUGCACAGCAAGGCUUCAGGCAGAUCAUCUACCAGGAAGGCAGAGGACCCCGGGAGGUGUGCAGCCGCCUCCACUCUCUCUGCUGCCUGUGGUUGAAGCCAGAGCGACACUCCAAGGCGGAGAUGCUGGACCUGGUGCUCCUGGAGCAGUUCCUGGCCGUACUUCCUGCGGAGAUGGAGCGCUGGGUGAGGGAAUGUGGGGCAGAGACCAGUUCCCAGGCCGUGGCUUUGGCUGAAGGAUUCCUCCUGAGUCGGGAAGAAGAGAAGAAAUUCGAGGAGCAGGAGAACAUAUUUGCCAAAGAGACGGUUGAGGUGAAGAAUGAGUGGGCCAUGCAAGAUGGUAACAGCACAUCCACCUCAGUGGGAGGUGUAACAAGGACAUGGCCAAAAGUAUCUCUUCACACGGAUGUACCUCAAACAGUUCCUCUGAGGCCAAACCAGGUGAUAUUUGAAGAGGUGGCUUUGGAGUUCACGGAGGAGGAGUGGGCAUUGCUGUCUCCAGACCAAAGGGCCCUCCAUGGAGAAGUGAUGGAUGAGAAUUUGAGUUUGGUGUCCUCUCUGGGUUGGGAUGAGCAAGAGAGUGAGAACAACAGAGAACCAAGCACGGCAUUCCUGCAAAGGAACAAGCAGAAGCAGAUGAAAAGGAAGGAAAGAAAAUCAGACACCAACGGCAAUGGAAGGAACACAUAUCCUGCUUCUCAAGAGAGUGACAUCUUAUUCGAAGAAAUAACAGGGAAGGGGAAAGAAAGGAGUCAAUGUUUUUAUCCCCUGUGUGAGAAAAGCUUUAGGUGCAAAGGAUGCUUUGUUGUUCAUAGAAGAAUUCACCCUGAGGAGAUAUCUUUCAAUACUGUUGAGUGGGAAAGGACACCCAGUUUAAGGAAGUCUCUGAUUUCCCAUGAAAAAUUUCAAAUGAGAGAGAAAACCUUUAACUGUUGGAGGUGCAGAAAGAGCUUCAAGUGGCGGUCACACUUUGUGUCACACCAAAGAACUCACACAGGAGAGAAGCCGUUUAAAUGUCUGGAGUGUGGAAAGAGCUUCGCUUUGAAGAAAGACCUCGCUCGUCAUCUGGCAACACAUUCAGGAGAGAAACCGUUUCAGUGCUUGGUGUGCGGAAGCAGCUUCUCUCAGAAGUCAUACCUGACUCGUCAUUACAGAACGCACACAGGACAGAAGCCAUUUCAGUGCUUGGAGUGUGGGAAAAGUUUCAAUCAGAAGACGCACCUCGCCAGUCACGAAGCAAGUCACAUGGAAGAGAAACCAUUUAAAUGCUUGGAAUGCGGGAAAACGUUUGGUCAAAAAAAAAGCCUUAGUCGUCAUCUAGCGACUCACACUGGAGAGAAGCCCUUUCAAUGCGUGGCGUGUGGGAAAAGUUUCAUUUGCAAAUCAAGCCUCACUACGCAUCAAGCAACUCACACAGGGGAGAAACCAUUUCAGUGCUUGGAGUGUGGGAAGAGCUUCUCGCAGAAAAUACACCUCAGUCGCCAUAUCACAACCCACACAGGAGAGAAACCCUUUGAGUGCUUGGAGUGUGGAAAGAAGUUCACCUUGAAGCAGGCCCUUGUGUCACAUCAAAGUAUACAUACAGGGGAGAAGCCUUAUAAGUGUGAAGAGUGUGGAAAAAGUUACCCAUACAAAUUAAGCCUCAAUCGCCACCAAGCCACUCAUUCGGGAAAGACCAUUUCAGUGCUUGGAGUGUGGGAACAGCUUCAGUGAAAAAUCAACACUUCUGACACAUCAAAGAAUCCACACAGGGGAGAAACCCUUUGGAUAUUUGUAGAGUAUAAAGGGCUUCAGGCAUAAAAAAGCCUCACAUGUAAGAUUCUGGAAGUUCUUGGAGUUGAAAUCAAGCUCACAACAACAAUACACUAGAAGCAAAUGAUUUAUUCCAUCUUUCCACAGUCACUGAGUAACAGUUCUAAAUGUUUCCUACUCAAAACACCCUGUAAUAUAACAGACCAACUCCCAUCUGCCCCCUAGUGUGCCCACAAUCUGUUAACUGCAAUUUCUAUUUCCCUCACAAAACAGAUGUCUUACCUACACUACCCUGUUCUCUGCCUCCCUUCCCCCCCCCCCCCCCCCCCCCCAAUCUCCCUUCUUUCUGGAAGAAAACCAAAGCAGCCAGUUCCAGGCUGCUAUGGUGAUCCUGACAUCACAUCUCAUCAAUCAACUCACUCAGGGGAGAACCAGUUUAUGUCUGUAGUUUGGUAAGGACUUCACUUGGAAGGAAAGCCUCAUUCAUCAUCUGGCAGCACAUAAAAGAGAGAAACCAUUUAAAUGUUUAGAUUAUGGAAAGAGCUUCAAUCAGUAAAUAUGUCUCACUCGUCAUCUGACAACUCACAUGGGAAAGAAAUCUGUAAAAUGAUUGGUUUAAUUCCUACAUUAUGCCACACCAAAAUAUUAAUGUCUUAUAGAAAUUAUAUGAAUGUUUGGACGGUGCCAAAGAUAAAGAAUAGUUUGGGAAAUGCAACAUGUGGGUGGAAUCAUAUCAAAGUUUAGAACAUUACUGGAUUUUCAGAGCUCACAAACCUUAUGUUACAUUCCCACAAGCAAUAAUAAAAUAAUAAUAAUAAUAAUAAUAAUAACUUUAUUUUUAUACCCCGCCUCUAUCUCCCCAAAGGGGACUCAGGGCGGCUUACAUGGGGCCAAGCCCGAAUAAAAACAGUAGCAGUAUAAAACACAGCAAUAGACAAAAACAUGCACAAUAAAAAAAAUAAAAAAAUUAAACAUUAGCCAAUAAAAAACAAGAACUAAUAAAAACAUGGAUUAAAACUGAGAGAUUGUAAAAGUAGACUGGGUAAGGUGCACCAUAUAAAUAUUGUAAACACGAGGUGACUGAUAAAGUGCUGCAAAUUCUUGGAAGUGCAAAUUGGGAUGGGAAUAGACCCUGUGUCUAUAUCGAGUUGACAAAGGUAAAAAGUGCAAAUAUAUAUAUUUUUUCACAGCUAACACCUCAGGUUUGGACUGUUUUCCCUUGUGUUUUGUGAUGAUGAUGGUGAGUGUAUAAAGGGGAGGGGAGAUAAUUCAUGGGAUGUUUUGAUUAAUUGAGGAAUGGAGUUGUAGCCUUUGUAAAAAUCACCAUUAUUAUUAUUAUUAUUAUUAUUAUUAUUAUUAUUAUUAUUAUUAUUAUUAUUAUUUACUUCUUGCCCACCUCUCCUUGUGGUUUGAGGUACGUUACAGCAUAAUUAAAACACAUAAAUAUUGUAAAAAAUCUAUAAGUACAUUAACAUGUAUUUCAAUAAAAGAUACAUAUUUAAAACAUA